AAAUUAUCGUUCUUUGGAUAACCUGAUCUGUUGACAUCCGAAAUAUAUUUGCAAAAAUUAAAUCAUUUUGUUGAUUAGGAGAAACGUAGCAUUUCAUGGUAAUGGAGAUUUCCCGAAACAGUGAAGUAAACCAGUUCUCUUGUGGUUUAUGUGGUUCGAAUUUCAGUCUCAGCUACCUUUUACGUAAACAUAUUAAAACUCAUACUGUUGGAAAAUAUAAAUGCGACGUAUGUUAUAAAGCUUUUCACGCGAUCAAAGCUUUAAAUGUACACACAAGAACACACACUGGUGAGAGACCUUACAAGUGUGACGUUUGUGAUCAAGGUUUAAACUCAGUAGCAUCUUUAAAUUCGCACAAGAGAAUUCAUACGGGUGAAAAGCCGUUUAGAUGUAUAGUAUGCGACAAACGGUUUAAUCAAAGUUCACAUCUGUUAAGACACAUAAAAAUACACACUAAUGAUAGACCUUACGUGUGUAAAGAGUGUGGAAAACGAUUUAUUGAGAGAUCAGACUUAAAGCGACACAUAAUAAAACACACUAUUAUAAAGGAAAACAGUAAUGUGUGUGAAAAACCGUAUAAGUGUGAUGAGUGUGGCAAAUGCUUUAGAUAUGGUGAAAGUAUGAAAAAGCAUAUGAAAACACAUAACUUACUCAAAAUAAACACAUCUGAUAAAAGACAAGAAAUACGUAGGAGUAAACCUACUAUUGACAUUAAAAUCAUACUUCACAAAUGUAAUUUUUGUGAUGAAGCAUUUAGCCAAAAAGGAAAUAUGUAUGCACACCAGAAAACACACAAGAAUGAUAAAGAAUUUAAAUGUGAUGUAUGUGGUAAUGGCUUUCCACAAAAUAAUGAGUUACAAGCGCACAUAGAAAUACACACGGGUGAAAAACUUUAUAAAUGUUAUACGUGUGGCAAUGAGUUUAUUUCUAAUUCAAAUUUAAAGAUCCACAUGAGAACACAUACUGGCGAAAAACCGUUCGAAUGCGAAGUCUGUGGUAAAAGGUUUAAUCAUAGUCCACAUUUGUCACGACAUAUGAAAAUACACACUGGCGAAAGACCAUACGUGUGUAGUAAGUGUGGGAAAGGGUUUAUUGAGAAAUGUGACUUAAAACGACAUGAUAUGAAAACGCAUACUGAAAAACUCCAAAGUGUCUCGAGUAACAAGUCUUCCGAAGAGAAUAAGACUGUUCUCAUAUCUAAGGAGGAAAACUCUUCUAAAUGUGAUGAAGUUCGUAGUUUACACGUGAAAGAAAACGAGAAAACACAAACGCUUAUUACAAAUGGCCAAUCGUUUAAAUGUAACAAUGAAAUAAAUAAGUUAGACGAUUCAUGUCCAACUUCGAAGAAUCAUACGGGAACAGCUAAUGGCUACAUCCACACAACUGAUGUUAAAGGUGAAGGUCAAAAUGAAAAGGAACAAGUACAGGCACACUUGGAAAUUUAUACUAGUUUUAAACCUUUCAAGUGUAAAGAUUGCGGGAAAGAGUUUUGGCAGGAGAGCAGUUUGCAGUCACAUAUGAUCAAGCAUUCAGGAGAGAAACAUUUUAAGUGCAAGGAGUGUGGUAAAGGUUUUAUGGGAGAAAAACCAUUGCAGUCACACUAUUUAGUACAUUCUGGAGAUAGACCGUUUAAGUGCGAUGAAUGUGGUAAAGGAUUCAUAACAAAAAGUUCUUUAAAGGCACACUUUAUAACACAUUCUAGUGAGAGGCCUUUUAAGUGUGUUAUAUGUAACAAAACAUUUAAGAAGUGGGCACACUUACAAAAUCAUGCAAGAAUACAUUCGACUGAAGACCAGUUUGAAUGCGAUGUAUGCAACAAACGCUUUGCUGAAAUAAAAGGCUUAAAAAGGCACAGACGAAUACAUACAGGAGAGAAACACACCUGCAAUAUCUGUGGGAAGGAGUUUACUUUUAUUGAUAGUAUGAAGGCACAUAUGAGAACACAUACUGGUGAAAAACCAUACAUGUGUUCUGAAUGUGGGAAGCGAUUCGGUCAACGACAACAUUUGAAUAGACACAUGAAAAUCCAUACGGGUGAAAAACCUCAUAUGUGUGAUGAGUGUGGUAAACGGUUUAUUGAUGGAAGAGACAUGAGGAGACAUAAGGAAAUGCACACUAGGAAAAAAGUUAAAUGUACUUCAAUUAAAAAGACUUAGAGAUUGUGAAAUGGCAGACGACAUUGAAAGAGGCGGGAAAACAUCUUCUGAAUUUACUUCCCAAUAGGGUCGUAUUUAAGCAGUUCGAUUUACUAAAGUUUACAUGAUCACAUAUUCGUGUGUGUAUAUUUUGAUUGUAGAACUUUGUAUUUUGGUUAAUAUUGUCAUUUUUAGGUUGCUACGUUUUAUUCCUUACAUUUUGACUUUAAACGCAAGGUCAUGUCGAAUUCAAACAUGUGUCUCAUCCUGCUACUUAAAAAAGGUCUGAAGAUGGUACGAAAGUAGAAGUUGGAAAAGUUUUGGAAUAAAUAAAGUAUAUAUGAUUUAUUAAAAACAGUAACUGUUAUACUGUUCAGAAGUGCAUUUUGUCUCGCCUGCUACUUCUGUCCCUAUUUCUGUUUCAGAAAGCGAGACAUAGGGAUAGUGAUUCGUCGGCAAUGGCGGCGUUAACUAAUUACUUAAACACUUAAUAUCUCCGAUGUUAGAAGACCUGGAUGCCUCAUGCUUUCUGUAUAGAUGUAUAGACAAAGUCCUCUGUCCAACAGCAAACUAAUUUUAUGGAUCAGUGAACAAGGUUCAGUUUUCGUGGUCAAGUCCAUAUCGCGGAUACUAUAAGCAAUAUGUCUACUAUAUUUGGUGUCUGAACUAAUGAGGGUAAGGUGUACGUGUUCAACUGGCAGGUGUCAUCUGAACUUGAUCAUUUUCGUGUGUUAAUUUGACAAUGUUAAGUUUUUGUGCUUUUGUCUAUUUUCAGAAAUUCAAAGCAAUACGUAGAGUGUACAUGUCUGUCUGGUAGGGUUAUUAUGACCUUGACUUCAUUUUCAUGGUUCAUUGGUCAAUGAUAAGUUUUCGUAAUUGUGUGAGUUUGUCAGAUACUAUAAGCAAAAGAUUAACUAUAUUUGGUGUAUGCAUGGAAUAAUUGUACAGUGCAUGUCUUUCUGGCAGGGUUUAUAUGACCUUGACCUCUUUUUCAUGGUUCAUUGGUCAGUGAUAAGGUUUAUGGGUUUGGUCUGUUUCUCGGGUAUACUAUUAGCGAUCGGACAACUAUAAUUGGUGUAUGGAAUGAUUGUAAGUCUGGCAUGGUUCAACACACCUUGACAUCAUUUUAGUAGAAGAUUGAUAAUGUAAAGUUCAUAUGAUACUUGUAGUAAAACCUUCAUAUUACAGUUAAACAGGCGAGACAUCUCAGCGUGUGCACUCUAGUUACACAAACCUAAAUUUAUAUCUGAAGUAAAGCUUCGUAUAGUCUUUCAGAUACACAUUAAUUCGGCUUUAGUAUGGGUGAUUGUCCGAUGCAAUUUUACAAAAUCUAUAAAAUUUGAAAUGUUUUAUUAUACUGUCUUCAACAUAAUAUUCAAUAUGAUAAUAGAUAUAAGAAGAUGUGGUAUGGGUGCCAAUGAGACAACUCUCCAUCUAAGUCGCAAUUCAUAAAAGUAAACCAUUAUAGGUCAAAGUACGGUCUUCAACACGGAGCCUUGGCUCACACCAAACAGCAAACUAUAAAGGGCCCCAAAAAUUACUAGACUCGGCUAAGUGUAAAACCAUAUGCAUUCAAACGGGAAAACCAACGGUCUAAUCUAUAUAAAAAACGAGAAACGAGAAACACUUAUGAACCACAUCAACAAACGACAACUACUGAACAUCAGAUUCCUGACUUAGGACAGGUGCAAACAAUUGCAGCGGGUUUAAACGUUUUAAUGGUACCAAACCUCCACCCUUAUCUGAAACAAUAGUGUAACAUCACAACAUAGAAAGUCACAUUAUAGAAUAUCAAUCAAAAGACAUAUUAACACAAGUGAAUAUACACUGAACGAAUAAAUUUGAUUUAUGAUACAAUGUAAAUACAAAAUCGAUAAAAUAAGGGAUGAAUAAUUAAAGUAACAGUAUUGUAUCGUUGUGAAAUGUUAAACAAUUUCAGAAAAACAACAAAAAGCUUGAACAAAAAUCCGCCAUUUGCAAUAAUAUUAAACACAGGUAAAUGAAAAUAAUUUGUUGUUAGGUAUAAUACAUGUACAGUUCAAAUCGAGAAAGGAAAUAUUUUUACAAAAUAAAUAAUUUUGAUGUUCAUAGUACGAAGAAGAAGUACGAUAAGGUUUAUACUAAUUUGAGGGAAACAUGUUGUAUAGCAUUCAAUAAAAGAAAAAGAAAAAAAAAACUAACUUAUUCU